AUCCGCAGUGACCUCUGCGAGGCGCUGUUAGACGCCACACUGGAAAGAAUAGUUUUCCGCGCACUAUGUAACUAUUUUAAUUAACGGUUUAAUGCUUUGGAGAAACGAUUAUCUGUUGAGUUGGGUUUAUAGGGAAAGUAAAGUGACGUUUACUCGUUUUCAUUGCCCGCCUGGCUAGCGGCUGUCGCCGUGGUGAAUGUAGUGGCACUUUGCGAAUGCGGGGUAAUUUCCACCACUGCCUAUAAUGCGCGAAAGUACAGUGUCAGAUGUCCAAAGCUGUUGAUCUACAGGCUAUUCAGACGUACUUCGAAGGCAUUGCUGCUGGAAACUUCAUUAUAGUGGAAACUAAAUAGCUUAGGUUAGGUGGUAGUUUUGGCGAAUUACUUCAACUGGCCGCCUUACAGCCGCCGUUUUGUCCAGCUGGCAAAUGCGCAGUCUUACUUUCCAUAUCUAGUUCAUGGUUCUUUACGACCAGAAAAGUUUUUAACCUUAGUACGUAAGCUACCUCGAUAAAAACAAUGCGAUAAAAGAGCUGUAAUGAGAUACGCGUCCCUCUAGUUUUCUGGUUCAGGUUUGGACCAAAGUCCGGUGUGAGGCCUGCAGGUCGGGCUUUCACCGGACUAAAGUAGCUCAACUCGCCGAGCUUCAAAGCCGCUGAUUCAGCUGACAGAAACUGAGGCGAGUCAGAAUGGAAGGGAUGGAAGUGGACCAGUGCGCAGGCGCAACGGCUGGCAGCGGAGGCGGGCUUCUACGUAGGUCCAACAGCGCUCCCAUGAUCAGCGGUGUCAGUGAUGGAUUGCCGGUGUUCAGCCCUACCAGCUCAACUCGCCAUCGCCGGAGCAGCAUAUCUGUGAACCCAAGUUUUCCUGUGAGGGGUCUUCCACAGUCUUCAUUCUCUCUGGUUAGUGAGAAGCCAGACCCAAAGAGGCAGGUAAGAAUGGAGGAGGAGAGUAUGGAACUCAGCUUGAGAGGGAAUUAUAGACUGAGUCAUGACCACGACUCGCUUGAAAUCCAGUCUCUAGACAGUAGUGUUACACCUAACUCUUCCCCUAGUCCAGCAAGGAGGUUCAGAGGCAGAGUGGCACCGAGUCCAAGUUCAAGACGGCCUGUUUUAACGGCAUUGAAAAGGAAAGGAGGAUUAGAGUCAGAUGGACCCCCCAAAAAACUGUUUGUUGCGGGAGUAACAGCCUCUCCCCACCUGACAGGUUAUGCUGUAAGUGUGACUCAGGCAGCGGAUCCUGCUUCUGAGGAGGUGUCUGUGACUGCUGGUCUCCUUGCUCUCUACCCACCAGUGUCCUUUGCUUCUGACCACCCUAAUGUCUAAGCAGCCAGUCACAAUCAGAGCCUCAGCACCCACAAAGUAACCGCAGCUCAGAACAAGGUCAUAAGUGGACACGGCACUAAAAUACUCUAACUGGAUUAAGUUGCUUUGAAGGAUCAGAGGGGAAAAUAUUGUCAGUCAGCUGAGAGGUGCUAUAGAUAACAGGUUUGUUUAGGUGGAAGGAAGCAUGAAUGAGUAAUAAGUUAGGAAACCUUGAAAGGUCAGGAGUUAUUCAGAUAUUCAGUGAUAAUUUGCCAACAAUUUAAAAAAGGCUGAGCAGGAAAUGAAAUGCUUCUUAGAGUUGUAGAUUACAUUAUUGCACAAUAGUAUUCCACAAUGUAGCAGUGGCUACAAAAGGGUUUUAUUUUCAGACAUACUUACAGUAUCUGUAUACAAACAUAAUUUAUGUACUUUCACAAAUACAUUAAAAAUAACCAUCCUUGGACUUUGCAAAGUUUAUCACUGUUACCAGUGCAGUGCAUGGAUAUAGCAGGCAGUUCUUGCCUUUCAUUGAAUUUCAGUUCAUUGACAAAUGGCAGGUAUUGUGUUUUAUUCCUUUAAUUGUAUUGUGAGUAUCACAACCUUGGGCAUGUACCUAUUUAAUGGAAUAACCAAAGUCAGUGGUUUGCCUGGGUAUGUUGAAAUAAUUCUCCUUAUUCCGGACAGAGCAAAUACACGAAACAUGUGAACCUGCUUAAAAUUGUCUUCUAGAAAAAAAGGAUGAGUUUCAGUUAGGAGACAAUAUAUUCCCUAUUUUAUUUCAUUUCCACAUUCAUUUGUAACAAGUUGUCUGAUGAUUGAAUAAUGGUCCCUUUUUCUAAAUAUUUUUUAUACCAAAUGUUACAUACCAUCUAAGUUCUAUACAGCUUAAAGAAUAAAGUGGGGAAAAAAAGAAAAUGAAAAAGGAACCAACACAAAAGAUAACCUUUGUAUAUGUACAUAUGAUGACAUUUUGGCCAGAAGGUUGCAAAUUCAAAACCUGAAAUAGGGAGUUGCUGUUGUAGCCUUGACAAGGGUCCUUUAUCUGAGUUGAUUCAUUGAAAAUCCAGGCUUGUGAAUAGCAAAUGGAACAUGUAAUGUCUUCUGUAAUAAUAGCCUUUGAAAGCAGUCUGCUAAACCAAGAAACCAUCUAAAGGUGCCUCUUAUUCAGUUUCAAACCUGUAGAUAGAUAUAAAAAUAUUUUAUAUUUGUAAGAUGAAACUAUGUUAAUUUCUCCUUAAUAUUUCAUGCAUAUAAUAGUGCAAAAUAUAUUGUUUGGGGUAAAUACAAUUUACAGCAUAAACAUGUAUUAUAUAUGUGAAUAAAAACAUGAAAAUGAAUACCAAUAAUCAA